GCUAGGUAGCGCGACCACACAUACCAAACGUGAGAGAAAGGAAAGGGUUUCGCAUUUUCAAGCAAAAGAAAGUUUAUCUUUAUCAUCACCACCACUUCUCUCUCUGUCUCUCCAAGCCCUAGAUUUUCUCGCUCUUUGUUGUCGGUUAUAAUUUUCUUGAGAAAAUGGCAAAUGCAGCAUCUGGGAUCGCUGUGCAUGAUGACUGCAAGCUGAAGUUUUUAGAAUUGAAGGCAAAGAGGACCUAUCGCUUCAUUGUUUUCAAGAUUGAGGAGAAGCAGAAGCAGGUGAUUGUGGAGAAACUUGGUGAGCCAACAAAUAGCUAUGAGGACUUCACUGCAAGCCUUCCAGCUGAUGAGUGCCGAUAUGCUGUCUAUGAUUUUGAUUAUGUAACGGAUGAGAACUGCCAGAAGAGUAGGAUUGUAUUUAUUGCUUGGUCUCCUGAUACAUCGAAAGUGAGAAGCAAGAUGAUUUAUGCUAGUUCCAAGGACAGGUUCAAGAGGGAAUUGGACGGUAUCCAGGUAGAGUUGCAAGCUACUGAUCCUACAGAAAUGGGCCUCGAUGUUAUUAGAAGCCGAUCAAAUUGAAUGUAGGAUAUACCUUCAAUGUGAUGGACAAGCGUAAUGUUUAUAUAAUUUGAACCUAGAAUUUGCUUCUUUAAGCGUGUCUUUAUAAUAUUUAUGGAUCCACGGGGUGAGUAUCCCCUUUCAGUGUGAUAUUAACGAACAAAUUAUAUGAUGGUUUGUGGGGGGUCUA